UAUACUUGGGUCGAAGAUUGCCUGUAGGUAGCCGGACGCGUGAUAAGAGGUCAAUGAAAAUUGAAAUUUGUAUUUCUUUGAAAUUCAAUUUACUGAAAAAGAUUGCAAUAAAAUAUGUGGUUGGAGGAGUGCGAUAGUUUUGCAGAAUUAUGUCGUGGUUAUCUGCCGUACUAUUUAUUGAUAAUUUUACCGAUUUUCAUUAUUAUCUCUCCGGUUAACCCAGUUGCUGCAUCGCACGAAUUCCCUGUAUAUCGAAUGCACCAGUAUGACUUGCACGGUGUACCUCACGGUUGUCGUACUGCCCCAAUUUCCUUGGAAGCAAGAUCCCUUACAGGAUGGAGUACUUCUAGACAUUGUGUUGUUACAAAGGCAUUAGAUCUUGCUCCAAGUUUAUUUCACACCAUCAAACAGAAGGCAGGGGCUUUAAUAGUAGUUCUUCCACAGAAAAUUGCUGAUUUGACAUACGAAGAGAAACAGCAUAUUAUGAGCUUGGAAGAAGCUAUGUUAUAUGGACCAGAAACAACGAUACCCGUAUAUUUCACAUCUUGGCAUCCGGAUCUUCAAACUAUUUUAGAAGAUCUUUCAAAUGGAUUUGUUACCGAUGAAAAGGCUGGUUCUGCAGCUGAAGCAAUGUUUAAUUCUAUAUCUGCAAGUGGUUACCAAGUAGUUGUAGCGACUGGACAAGUGCUUGCUAAAACAGAUGUUAAAGUAGCUACUUUACAUGGAAAAUUAACUGGUACAGGAGCUGAAGAGAAAUUACCAACGAUAGCUUUAGUGACGCAUUAUGAUAGUGCUGGAGUUGCACCUGAGUUAUCUUUUGGAGCAGACAGUAAUGCAUCUGGAGUAGCUAUGUUGUUGGAAAUAGCAAGAUUAUUCUCUAUUUUAUAUUCUACUAGUAGAUCAAGACCCCAGUAUAAUCUUGUUUUUAUUAUAACUGGGGCUGGCAAACUUAAUUACCAAGGUAGUAAAAAAUGGUUGGAAGAUCAAUUGGAUGGACUUGAAGGUUCCAUAAUACAAGAUGCUGCUUAUGUAAUUUGUCUAGACACUGUAUCUACUAGCGAUAAUCUUUAUGUUCACGUUUCAAAACCGCCGAAAGAAAAUUCUACAGGUGGUCUUUUCUACAAAGAACUUAAAGCUGUGUCCGAGUCGUUAAAUGCCACUACCGUCGAAGGUGUACAUAAGAAAAUAAAUCUAGCUGAAGAAACUCUAGCGUGGGAACACGAAAGAUACAGCAUUCGCAGAUUACCGGCAACAACGUUAUCUACUUUGAAAAGCCAUGAAGAUCCAAUAAGGACAACGAUUUUAGAUGUUAUACAAACAGGGCAAAUAGAUAAAUUGUACAAACAUACCCAAGUAGUUUCAGAGGCAUUGGCAAGACAUAUAUAUAAUUUAAGCUCUAGUCAAAUCUUCACUGAACCACUAGUAUGUUUGUUUCUUCUUUGAAGUAGAGAAAAAUCCUCACAACCAAGAGCAGCUCCAUUAUUAGCAGAUAAGGCUAAUGUAUUAGUUGGUACGUUAAAAGAAGGGAUGGCUAGAUAUCUUGG